UUCGAAUUCGAAAUUCGGCACUCACCUGCUUUUGCAUUUUUCUGCACUGUAAUUUAUUAGUAUAACUUUUAAUAAUUUUUCUGAAUAAAACAGCAACGAAAUGACUUUGUAUCACUUUGGAAAUUGUAUAGCACUUGUUUAUGUGCCAUAUUAUCUCACCUAUAAAUAUUCAGGACUUUCGGAAUAUGGCGCUUUUUGGAAAUGUAUACAGGCUGGUGGUAUAUAUAUUUUUACACAACUUUGUAAAAUGCUUGUGCUGGCAACAUUUUUCGAUUCUGAUACGCUGAAUGGCUCCGGUGAGGGAUUCAGUUUUUUAGCGGAGCUCCUAAAAUCUAGUGUUAAUGUCGCCGAUUUGCUUGGAUUCGCUUUGAUACUCUCACGUAUACCCGGUAAAGGGCAUAAUAAAUUGAUAACAACCGGUUUAGGUUGGGCUGCUGCUGAAGUCAUACUUUCCCGUGGUAUUAUGUUAUGGGUGGGUGCUCGAGGCACAGAAUUCAGCUGGGUUUAUAUACUUAAAUGCCUAGAGUCGAACGUGCUUUUGGUGCAACAUAUCACUACUGCUACCUUAAUGUGGCUUUUUUCUCGACAUGAUCUUAACAAAUCGCUGAAACCUUUGGUGACAAUUUUGCUGGCAUUGACAAUCUUUAAAGGAGUUUGGUUGGAAGGUCUGCUCAGUGUGCUUACAUUUGGACCUUGGUCAACGAUUGCUGUAAAGGCAUUGAUUGCCUCUAUUAUGGGAUUUAUGUCAUUACAUGUAUACACAGGCUUAGCACAGCAAAUAGGCAUUUAAGAUGUUUAAAGGUAGUCAAUCCAAAUAAUUUGUUGUAGAUAGAAUUUUAAGAUAGAAAAUACAUCUUAAUUAUCAACAGUUUUGAAAUUUCUUAAAGAUUAAAUUCCGCGAGAUCAAAA